CUAUGACCCAGGAUUCGUAUGAUCGUCAUGGACUAAAAGUCUAUCCGUCCCACUUAACUCUCCAGAUCCGCAAGAAGGCAAUAUCAACCAUCUAUCACCCCCGAAGCUUCCUGCUGGUUUCAAUCAAUUUAUUCAUUUGUUAAUCUAUCCAUUUAAGGAUUGUAUUGACUAUACACCUAAUCCAAAGCUUCAAAUCGACAGAAGCCCUUUGCCCGCAACACAACAAAGAUACCCUUCGAGUAAAUCAAUCCAACAGCCUUCACAAUGCAUCGCACAUAUUCUAUGAGACAAUCGCGGGCUCCCACUGCCUCACAACUUCAAAACCCCCCUCCACCACCUUCGAGUACCAAAUCUGGAAAGUUCUUCGGCAGAAGCGGUCUCGGCCAUGCUAUGCGACUCAAGACGCACUCUGCCCUCAACACUAGAGGGCCAGAGCUUUCCAAAAAGCUUGGUCAACUCGUGAAGAUGGAGAAAAAUGUCAUGCGCAGUAUGGAACUUGUCGGAAGAGAGAGAAUGGAGGUAGCACAACAACUCUCCAUUUGGGGUGAGGCUUGCGAUGAAGACGUAUCAGAUGUUACCGACAAGCUCGGUGUAUUGCUCUAUGAAAUUGGUGAACUUGAGGACCAAUACGUUGAUCGUUAUGACCAAUAUCGUGUUACCAUCAAGAGCAUCAGAAACAUUGAGGCUUCCGUUCAACCAAGCAGAGAUCGCAAGCAAAAGAUCACUGAUCAAAUCGCUCAACUCAAAUACAAGGAGCCAGAAUCUCCACGAAUCGUCGUCCUUGAGCAAGAACUGGUUCGUGCUGAGGCCGAAUCUUUGGUCGCUGAAGCUCAACUUUCCAACAUCACUCGUGAGAAGCUUAAGGCUGCUUACACCUACCAAUUUGAUGCUCUCCGUGAACAUUGCGAAAAGGUCGCUAUUAUUGCUGGUUACGGAAAACAUCUUUUGGAACUUGUUGAUGACACCCCUGUCACGCCAGGUGAGACCCGACAAGCAUAUGAUGGAUAUGAAGCUAGCAAGGCCAUCAUCCAAGAUUGUGAGGAUUCUUUGACCAACUGGGUCAACUCCAAUGCGGCCGUCUCUUCCAACCUUUCUACUCGCGCUCGUACUUUGUCUCAACGUAGACGAAACAACAUCCAACGUAACGCUCAAGGUCAUGAUCUUACAGGCCAAGAUCAACCUUUGAAUGAUAAUGAGAGUGGUCUGUGGAUACCAGCUGAAGCUCACAAGGGUGGUGAUGAAUACGAAGAUGAGGAGGAGGAAGAGGAGAUUGCUCAUUCUCAUCAAGGUAGCAUCACCAAUGGUGAACUAAGAGGUCGUCAAGAAGAGCUUGCAUAAUGGUCGAACAGCGCUUUAAUUCAGGAAAAGAAUGAUGCUAAAUGAGAAGAUUGUCUAGGUAUAAUCAGCUUGUGACGGUGUUAAAGGAACGGACUGAAUUAGUGGCGGGUAUUCCCCAGAUUUCUUUAACUUUGCUUCGAAAGCUACUAUUACCGCUCUGCUUGGAAUGGAUCGAUGAUUUUUUCUUUUCUCUAAUGACGAUAAUGUUGGAAUCGGAACGGGGUGGUAAUUGAUCAUAUACGAUCUGAGAAUACGAGUGUU